AUGGGCCGAAAACCAAAGGCCUCCUCGAAGUCGGCCUCGAACCCGAAGUCGGCAGCCAAGAAGACGAUCGAGAAGGGCAAGGACAGUGCCGACAAGGAGCCCGAGGUCCAGAAGGAGGACCAGGAGGGGAAGGCCGACCGACAGAAAGGGCUUCAAGUUGUCCUGGACGCCGUGGCCUUCCUGAAAAAGAAGAAGCUCUGGGUCUGUGACUCGAGGAGCAAGGUGGCGAAAUGCCCCCGAUUUCCGGAGAAGUGGUCCGGCAGCCAGGUUGAGAAGGCCUGGCGCUCAGACAUUGCGUGUGUCGGCGUCAGAGGCAGUCACCUGUCACUGUCGAAUGUGUAA